ACUAUUCGCCCGAAAUGUAGCUUCAUUGCGCUGACCUGCGGUCUAGACUCGCCUCGCAUCUUCGAGACCCUUGGCGUCACAGACACCAAGUUUCUCACCACUGGCUUCUACGGCAUUGCCAAGACCCUCAGUAUGGUCAUCUUCUCCGUCUGGCUCACUGGGAAGGUCGGUCGCCGCAACCGUCUCAUAGGAUCUCCCCCAACGUGGUACAUCAGUGGUUACAUCUUCCGGCCUGUUUUUGCCGGCCAGGCCGCCGCAGGCAACACCGUGAUGCUGUGCGUGUAUCGAUCGCUACGGUUUGGUCUACUGCACCAUCUGGUGAGAUACUCUUCUUGCACUACCGGUUAUGAUUGCCAUGCUAACAGUGCCUCGAAGGGAUUACGUGAAACUACUGAAAUGGAGCUUCAGCUUGGACAUCCGCAUUCUGUGCGUGGCCAUCACGAAUACGGAUCAAUGGCUAUGGAGCUUUGUUGCCUCACCGACUACGCUAUACAUGAUUACGUCGCUGGGGUACGGCCUACAAACUUUUCGGGACCCUCAUGGUUAUGA